UUUGUGCUCUAACCUCAUUAAUAACGAGAGCAACAGACUGUAACGGCGCUGCAGGAAGAACACAAGUCUGCUCGUUUAGUUUGAAGGUUUUCACAAAGGACUCGAGCUGGAAACACCAGCAACACGGAGACGUGAAUCUCGCCAGUUUUCCCCCAAAUUUCAGCUCUCUUGGAAUAUAACUUAAGUACAUUUACUCAAGUAGGAAUUUAAGAAGUCUCGGGGUGACAGCGAGCUGUGGAAUAGAAAGGGGGGGGGUGGUUGCAAAGUGUGAAGUGUGUGUGUGUGUGUGUGUGUGUGUGUGUGUGUGUGUGUGAAUGUGUGUCAGCAUUCCUCUUCCUCUGAGCGUGUGCAGAAGGUGAAGAAGACGAACAGAGAAGCUCCAACAACUUUAAAGAACCGUGUCAGUCCACCUCAGAGCUGCAGCGUGUAUGUUCCCAUUCAGCAGCGGUGAGUCACUUCCUGCCGUCUCAGCAGCAGCUGUUGGAUGACUUAACAAACGUCCUGCGUCCACCCGAGUCCUGCUGUUUGGGAUUCCAACGCUGCAGAGACGAGGUGCCGAUCCUCAGGCUGUGUGCAGGUUAAAAAGAGGAUGUGGGUCGAGGCCGACUGACUGGAAACCCCUCCCCCGAGGCUCGGCUCACUUUGCUUCAGAAACAACUUUUUGCCCGAAACCUGUGCAACAAAAGGCCCUCGACUGAUCCGAAAUGGCUGCUGUCAGCGCGGUGCUGUUGCUGCUGCUGCUGGCGUUGGCGGGUGUCUGCAGCGGGAGUCUGGUGGUGGUGAACUCGGGCGUGGACGUGACGAGAGGCCGGUCCGUGUUCGUCACGGAGAAGGAGCUGAAGAUCAGCGUGGAUGCGACCGCGGACUGUAAGGUGGAGGUGGUGAUGAACGAACCUGUCACCCAGCGAGUCGGGAGGCUGACUCCGCAGGUGUUUGACUGCAGCUUCCUGGAGGACGAAGUGAAAUACGUCCACGACGGAAGUCCUCUGCUGGACGAGGACGCAGUCAUGCUGAGAGUCUACAGGUUCAGGUCCCGGGACACGCAUGUGGAGACGCUGGUCCUGCCGGUGCGGGUGGUGGACUCGGUCUCCAGCGUGGUGCGGCUGGGCGGCGCUCCGCUGGUGGUGCCCGAGUUCUAUGGUUUAUCCAACGCCAUCGACGGCUCGGUGCUGGACAUCCGGGCCGCGGCGGAGCUGGUCUGCAGCGUGCGGCUGAUGACCGGUGACAUCAUCGUCCCCGCGCUGGGACAGCUGGUGAGGGAGGAGGACGCCACGCAGAGGAAAGGCCGAGAGACGGCGCCGCUGUGUCCCGGGAACAGACCGUGUCUCCACAGCACCAGGGAGGUGCGUUUCCUGAAGACCAGCUGCCAGGACUUCCUGUCCUCGGGUCUGAAGUACCAGCACCUCCGGCCGCCCUCGCCGGAGAUCGACUACAUCCCGCUGCGGGUGGAGCUGAGGCAGCGCGGCUCCAGGGCGCUGCUGGAAUCAGAGUCGGUGUGGUUGCCUGUUCUGAUCCACGGUGCGUUGCCUAACCAGCCCCCUGCUGCGUCCUUCAUGGCGUCUCUCAUCCUGGAGGUGGACCAGUUCAUCCUGACGCCGGUUACCACGGCGACGCUGGACGCCACCGACGCCGAGACGCCACCGGAGAAGCUCGUCUUCAACGUGACCGUGCCGCCGGCGGCCGGCUACGUCACGCACCUGGACGACCACACCAAGCCCGUCUCGUCCUUCACGUGGCGCGACCUGCACGGUAUGAAGGUCGCCUACCAGCCGCCCAGCAGCAGCCAAUCACAGCGCAGCAACUAUCAGGUGGAGUUUCAGGCGAUAGACGGUUCCUACAUGACCAGCCCGCCCAUCUCGGUCCACAUCUCCAUCCGGGCGGCCGAAACGAACGCACCCAGAGUCUCUUGGAACAUGGGUCUGGAUUUGCUGGAGGGUCAGUCCCGACCAAUCACGUGGGAGGAGCUGCAGAUUGUCGACAACGACAACAUCAACGCGGUUUACCUGGUCGCCGUGGACGGGCCGCUCCACGGACGCCUCACUGUCAGGGGCGGGAAGGCGUUCAUGUUCCGCGUGCAGGACCUGCGUGACGGCGUGGUCGUCUACCACCACUCCGACAGCGACACCACCCGCGACCACAUCGUCUUCCGCAUCAGCGACGGGCGCCACAGCAUCCGCCACAAGUUCCCCGUCAACAUCCUGCCCAAAGACGACUCGCCGCCGUUCCUCAUCAACAACGUGGCGUUGGAGGUGCAGGAGGGUGCCGCCGUGCGGCUGGAGGACUUCACGCUACUGGCUACCGACCUGGACUCCAGCGACGACUACAUCCUGUACCAGCUGACCUCUGGCCCCCGGGUGGGGCAACUGGUCCGAAAGACCUCAGCCCACGAGACAGGAGAGCAAGUGGAGAGUUUCUUGCAGCGGGAUCUGAUCCAGGGUCAGAUCUACUACCAGCACUCAGGGGAGGAGCAGUUUGAGGACUCGUUCGACUUCACGCUGUCUGACAGCCACCAGCCGCCCAACCUCUCCCAGACAUACACGGUCGUGGUCCAUGUUUUCCCGGUGAAGGACCAGCUGCCGAUGGAAGUCUCCGGCAGUGUCCGUUCGCUGACGGUGAAGGAGACGGAGGUGGUGUACAUCACUCAGUCUCACCUCCACUUCACCGACAGAGAGCAUCCGGACACAGACCUGACCUACGUCAUCACACAGCCCUGCUUCAGCCCACUGCAUCCUGGGCUGAUGGACGCAGGGCGCCUGUUCUACACCGACAGCACCAACGCCAUGAAGAGAGACCACAUGGUGCCAGCGUUGAAGUCCUUCACACAGCAUGCCGUGAACCACCUGAAAGUGGCGUUCAUGCCUCCGGUGGAAGACAUCGGGCCCGAGCCGCUGGCGGUCCAGUUCGUGUUCUCGGUGAGCGAUAACCACGGCGGCACCGUCUCCGGCCUCCUGUUCAACAUCAGCGUCACGCCCGUGGACGACCAGGCGCCACAGGCCUUCACCAACCUGCUGCGGGUGGAGGAGGGGGGGGCAGCCUUCGUGACGGAGGAGCACCUCCUGGUCCAGGACCGGGACAGCCCGGAGGAGGCUCUGGGGGCGGAGCUUCAGAGGACGCCACGCCAUGGCCGCCUGGAGCUGCAGGGCCGGACGCUGCUGCAGGGGGACGCAUUCACCCUGCAGGACCUGAGAGGACUACGACUCAGGUACAUCCACGAUGACUCCGAGACGACGGAGGAUGAGGUCCAUCUGAAGGUGACGGACGGUCUCAACGCCGCCAACGUCGUCCUGGCGAUACAGGUCCUGCCGAUGAACGACGAGCCCCCCCAGCUGGGCGGGGGUCUGCGGGGGGAGCUGAGCUGCGAGGAGGGGGGGCAGGUGCAGGUGACCGUGGACUACCUGUCGGCCACGGACCGGGACAGCGAGGACUCCAGACUGACCUACAUGCUGGCCCGGAGUCCCGGCAGAGGGGCGCUGCAGCGAGCCGGACUCACCGUGGACAAGUUCUCCCAGCAGGACCUGCUGCAGGGACACGUCUACUACGUCCACACAGGCGGAGAGAUCGGCGCCGAGCCGGUGUUCGACACCGUCACGCUCAUCAUCUCCGACGGCGAGGCUGGGGGGACGGACGGCUGUUGUCACGGCGACGCCCCGCCCCCACCCGUGCCCCUCCACGGCACGCUUCCCGUGUAUGACCUCAACAUCACCAUACUUCCUGUCAACAACAAAGUCCCCGUCGUCACUCUGGGUGAGUCUCUGUUGGUGGUGGACGAAGGCUCCUCGGCCUGUCUGUGUGGGGGGGUCCUGGGGGCCUCGGACCCCGACAGCCCCCCCGACCAGCUGACCUUCCACCUGGAGACCCCCCCUCUGCACGGCUUCCUGGAGAACACGCUGCCGGCGCCGGGCUCCGAGAAGAGCAACGCCGGGGUCCCACUCGAAUCCUUCAGUCUCAUCCACCUGACCUCAGGUUUCAUCAACUACGUCCAAUCAGAGAGCAAAGGGGCGGAGCCAACCGUGGACCAGCUGUCCGUCAGCGUGAGUGACGGGCUGCACCGCUCCGCCCCCGUCCCCUUCUACAUCAUCAUUAAUCCGACCAAUGACGAGGCGCCUACGCUGCUGCUCGCCAACUUCACCGUGAAGGAGGGCGGCCUGAGGGAGCUGACCCCGUCCAUCCUGAACGGUUUCGACCUGGACGCCCCCCCGGACCUCCUGACCUUCACGCUGGCGCGGCCGCCGGCUCACGGGCGCCUGAUCAACGGCGUCUACGGCACGGAGACGAGCCGCUACACGGAGAUGGGAGCGGAGCUGCUGCAGAGGAGCCUCUCCGUCACCUCCUUCACCCUGCAGGAGCUCCGACAAGGCAUGAAGAUCGUGUACAUGCACGAUGACACAGAAACCCUGAAGGACGCCGUGGCUCUGCGGCUGACAGAUGGCGUCCACACAGUCCGGGGGACGGCUCAGGUCACCGUGCUGCCGGUCAACGACCAGAAGCCCCGACUGCUCAAGAACGCAGGGUUGGAGGUGGACUCCGGGCAGCGCCGGGUGAUCUCCAGCGUGGCGCUGCACGCCGAGGAUCUGGACUCGCCCGCUGAUCAGCUGUUCUACUUCCUGAACGCAGCGCCGCGCUUCGGCAAACUGCAGCUCAAGGUGAGGGAAUCAGAGAGAGGUGACUUGUUGCUGCGGACCGAGACGGUGCGCCUGGCCGAGGGGCGCCGCGUCGUCCUGACGACGGACGUCCUGCUGGCGUGGGACGCCUCUGGCCGCCCGGAGGAGCUGCUGUACGCCGUGUCUGUGCCGCCGCGGCACGGCCUGGUGCACGCCGUCCAGCGGCCGGGCGUCCCGCUGAGCGCCUUCACGCAGCUGGACGUGGCGGCGCACCGCGUCUGCUACACGCACGACAACAGCCGCCACGCAGAGACCGACGCCUUCAGUUUCGUCGUCACAAACGGCGACUCGUCCCGCAGCGGCGUGCUGCGCUUCGCCAUCGAGCACGGCGACCGCAUCCCGCCCACCUUGCAUCACAACGCGGGUCUGCGGCUGCAGGACGGCGCCACGAAGACCGUCACCGUCGCCGAGCUGCAGCUCACCGACCCGGACACCGCCGCGGCCAACCUGAGCUUCGUGGUCACGCAGCCGCCGCGCCACGGCCGACUGCUGCUGGCAGGAGUCCCGCUGGCGCCGCCGCUGGCGUUCACGCAAACGGACGUGGACGAGAUGAAGCUGGCUUACCGGCACGACCCGGCCAGCCCGGCCGACAUCGACAGGUUCUACUUCCUGCCGACGGACGGGAACAACAGAGGCUACCUGGAGUUUGGACAGCUGAGAGACGAGCCGGCUGUCUUCAACAUACAGGUGGAUCGGGUGGAUAGGACGCCCCCCAGUCUGACCACGAAGCGGAGUCCAAGCACCGUGGUGGAUCUGGGCGCCGGGCGUUACGGCAUCCUCAUCACCUCCAAACACCUGCAGGCGUCCGACCCCGACAGCCCCGCGGAGCAGCUGGAGUUCUCCAUCAGCCGGCCGCCAAACUUCGGCUACCUGGAGAACGCACUCACAGGAGCUUACAUCAAAGGUCGUUUCACCCAGCGGGACGUGGACCAGCGCGCCGUGGUGUUCGUCCUCCCGGCCGACGUGGAGGUGACGGCCGACAGCUUCCAGUUCCGCCUCACCGACCCGGCAGGAAACGCCAUGCUGCCCGAGAUACUGGAGCUGUCCUGGUCCCGGGUGGAGUUGUCAGCGACCUGCUACCGAACCUGCGAGACGGCGGGGACGCUUCAGAUCCAGAUCCAACGCAGCGGGAAGAGCGUUGACCCAGCGUACGUUGCUAUCCAGGUGGAGGAAGGAUCGGCCAAACCCGGCAGAGAUUUCACUCACAGCACAGCCAGUCUCAUCCAGUUUGACCCAGGAGUCAGUAUGAAAACCUGGAACAUUUACCUGAUCGACGACGGCCUGGAGGAAAACCACGAGACCUUCACUGUCACCCAAAAACCCAAAAACGCCGUUCUGGGACAGAGGACGUCCGCUAGUGUCGAGAUCAUCGACCCAAGAGGAGGGCGGUGUGAUCCAGACGACCUGAGGGUGGAUGAGGACAACAAGCAACUCCCACUCCCUCCUCUUCCUCCUCUUCUUCGCCUCCCGGAUCCUCCCAGACCGGAGGAGGACCCCGUCACCGACAUCGAGGCGGAGCUGUUGUGGGAGAACCAGCCCCACCCUCCGCGAGGCGACGUCCCAAACCGGCGGCCCUACCUGGACUACGGAGAUGGGGAACCACAGGACCAGCCGGCCCCCGGCAGCUACAGCCACGUCCUCCACCACAGCAGGCAGCCGCUGGGGGGCGCUACUGGGAGCACUGGGAGCACUGGGCACAGCGUCAGACAUGGAGGAUUAAAGGUGCAUCUGUCAGGAGAGAGGAGGUCUGAGGAGAAGGUCUGGACGUUCCACAGUCUGACUCCUCUGCGGGUGGAGGAGCUGAGGCCGAGCGAUGCCGGCUGGAGCCUCCUUCAGGAUCCUCCUCAGAUGGAUCAUCCAGAACCCAGACGCCACCCAGAUCUACGCCAGCGCAAGACAGGGAAGUCAGUGAGCAGCUCGUGUCCAGACGGUUGGACUCACUACAGGAGACGCUGUUACAUCCUCAGCUCAUCGGUGGCCAGCUGGGGGAGUGCCGAGAGGAGCUGCUCGCUGCUGUUUAACAGCAGCCUGACCAGCGUGCGCUCCAGUAGAGACAUGGCCUGGCUGUGGAAGUUUGCCGGGAGAAAGCCAUUUUGGAUCGGUCUGUCUGGAGGUUCGGGACGCUGGAUGUGGGCUGACGGUGGCUCAGUGUCCUUCUCCAGACUGAGGGGGGCGCCGCCGGGCGACUCGGACUGCGUGCUGGUUGAAAACCCCCGAAGCUGGAUCUCCACAAGCUUCCCCGAAACUCAACACACAUUCAUCUGUUCCUCGGCGGCUCACACUCACUGAGAGACACGUUUACUGUUACCAGCUCCGUCUGAACCACCUGCGGCCGUGUUUGAGUCAUAUUUAAUGAUACGCAAUGAUGCUGCUCUGUACAAUAGUAGUCAUAUUUUUGUCAUAAUAAAGAUCACUGCACAAAACCGAGAUAGCCUAUGAGCCUUUAAAUUUUAGAUGAAGUUCAGAAGAUUUGACAAAUUCUUAUCGGUUUCACACUUUACUCAUAACUGUACUUAA